AUGGUUACUGAUACCUCUCCCCAACAGGGUUAUGAUAGAAAGUUCUUUGAAGAUAUCCGCCUCAUUGAUGUCGACCCUUCAGGGGGAGCGACUUGGGAGAUGGAUGUGACGGAAUACUGGUCAAAUUUAAAUGCAGCUGAGAGAAGGGAUUUAACCAAGUAUCAUGAUGUAGGAGUCAUGCAUGGAGGUGCUUAUGCUGUGAUCUUUGAUAUGUGCACUGCUAUAUCUAUGAAUCCGAUAACCAAGCCCGGGUACUGGUAUUUCCUUCAAGGCGUCUCACGUUCACUGAACUUGUCCUAUCUUAAGGGUAUACCGACUGGAACUACAAUUCGAAUUAAAUGUACCACCCUGCAACACGGAAGAACGAUGGCGAUGCUUCGUGGUGUCAUAGAAUCAGUAGACGGGAAGAUCGUGUACGCAACAGCAGAGCACCAUAAGGUUGCUACUCCUGCGAAGCCGGAAUUUGCGGAACGUCUAAUGAAAGAACGAGAGAAGGUUGCACUUAGGCGAAGGGAGAAACUGUGA